AAAAUUAUUAUUAAAUAAAUUACGAAAGCCCUUUUCUUUUUCUCUGACCCCAAAAACCACAGCCACUUCUCGUUUCUCAGUCCCCAGCAAAAUUUUCUCGAGAAAAUUUCAAUUUUCCGAGAAAAUUUUAAAAAAAUUUGCAAUGGAGGAAGAGGAGGCUCUGGCGGACCAUCUACGGUGUAGCCGUACGGACGGUCGGCAAUGGCGGUGCAAGAGGAGAGUGAUGGAGAACAUGAAGCUUUGCGAGAUUCACUAUCUCCAAGGCCGUCACAGGCAGUACAAGGAGAAAGUACCUGAGUCUCUGAAACUCCAGAGGAAGAAGAAGAGCAAGAAAUCGCAGGGCUGCAAAGAGACGGCUUCUUCGGAGUUUGGGAUUAGGGUAGAGAGAGUGAAGAUGAAGCGGAAGGUGAAGAAACCGGCGAGGGUUUCGGGCUCGGAGGCGGCGUUGCUGGACGAGACAUUGCGGAAGAUGAAGUCGAAGAAGAAAGGGAAUUUGCAGCUGGAGCUGAUCAGAAUGGUGCUCAAGAGAGACUUGGAGAAGAAGAAGAAGAAUAAGAAGAAGAAGAAAAGCGAUUUUCCCUUGGUGAAGAAGAAGAAGAAUAUGAAGACGAAGCAGAAUGAGAUUGAAUUGGAGGACAACAGCGAAGAAGAAGAAGAAGAGGAAGAAGAGUUGACGAGACAAUUGCCGAACGGAGUAAUGGCGAUAUCGCCGGUACCGUCGCCUUCGCCGAGGAAUUUCAACAAUGUAGAUGGAAAUUGCGAUGUGAAAGUAGGAGUGGAGAACGGAGUGGCUAGGCGGCGGUGUUUCCGGUCCAAGAACAUCGAGCCUUUACCGUUCGGCACAACAAUGCAGCUCAUGCCUUGUGGUCGGAAUGUGGCGGAAUCAAGGAGGGGAAAGAGGAAGAGGAGGUGCCAUUGUUGUCGAAAAAGCGGAUCCUUGAGUCUUGUUUCGUGUUCCAGUUGUCAGAAAGAGUUCUUCUGUGCGGAUUGCAUCAAAGAACGGUAUUUUGAUACUCAAGAAGAUGUUAAGAUGGCGUGUCCAGUCUGUCGUGGAACUUGCACCUGUAAGGAUUGUUCAGCUAAUCAAUCUAAAGACAGAGAAAGUAAGGAUUCUUUAGGGGAGGAAAAUAAAGUUGAAAAAAUACUACGCUUCCAUUAUUUGAUCUGUAUGCUUCUUCCUGUAUUAAAACGAAUGAACCACGACCGGAGUGUUGAGCUUGAAACAGAGGCAAAUACAAAUGGGAAGAAAACUUCCGAAGUUCAUAUCAAGCAGUCUGAAUUUGGCUGCAAUGAGCAAAAUUGCUGCAGUAACUGCAAAACUUCAAUUGUGGAUCUCCAUAGAAGCUGUCCAAAUUGUUCAUAUAAUCUCUGUUUAAGUUGUUGUAAGGAUUUUUGUCGUGGGAGCUUCACUGGAAGAAUUGACACACUUAUUUCAAAGAACUCAAAUGGAAGGAAAGCUUGUAUAUCUGGUGACAAGCAACUUUCACUGAAGAAGCUGGCCAAGCAAAAUUCUGGUACAUACCUUUCCUCACCUGCAUCAGUGUCUGACUGGAAAGCUUGUAAUGCUAAUGGCAGGAUAUCUUGUCCUCCUGCGGAAUUUGGUGGUUGUGGUGAUAGCUUCCUUGAUUUGAGAUGUGUUUUUUCCUUGAGCUGGAUCAAAGAGCUGGAAGUAAGUGCUGAAGAAAUAGUUUGCAGCUAUGAGGUUCCAGAAGCUUUUGACAUAUCUUCAUGCUGCUCAGUAUGUCUUGACAUAGAUCAUAAAGCCGAUGGAAUUGAGCAUUUGCAAGAAGCAGCUGCAAGAGAAGAUUCUAUUGACAAUUAUUUGUAUUACCCCACACUUCUGGAUGUUCACAAUGAUAAGCUUGAACACUUUCAGAAACAUUGGGGUAGAGGCCAUCCUGUAAUAGUUCGUAACGUGCUUCAGUCUGCAUCAGAUUUGAACUGGGAUCCAGUAGUCAUGUUCUGCACUUAUCUUGAGCAAAGCAUUGCCAGAUAUGAGAAUAAUAAAGAUUUUCUUGAAGCUACCAAUUGCUUGGAUUGGUGCGAGGUAGAAAUUGGUAUCAGGCAGUAUUUUAUGGGUUCUCUGAAUGGGCAAACACAUAAGAAUACGUGGCAAGAGAAGUUUAAAUUGAAGGGUUGGCUUUCUUCGCAUUUAUUUCAAGAACAAUUUCCAUCUCAUUAUGCUCAAAUAAUCCACUCUUUACCACUUCAAGAAUAUAUGAAUCCCAUAUCUGGUCUUCUAAAUUUAGCUGCGAAGUUGCCUCAGGAAAUCCCAAAGCCGGACCUAGGUCCAUGUGUCUAUAUUUCCUAUGGCUAUGCUGAGGAACUUAUACAGGCUGAUUCCGUGGCAAAACUAUGCUAUGACUCGUAUGAUGUGGUGAAUAUUUUGGCACAUACUACAGAUGCCCCUAUCUCUGCAGAACAGCUUACAAAAAUAAGAAGACUGCUGAAAAAGAACAAUUCUCAAUGUCAAAGGGAGUCAUCCAGGACUACUGAUCAAAUAAAAGCUAAUAAAGUAAAUAAAAAAUUGUCAAAUGGUGAAAACAUAGAAGACUCAGGAUUGCAGAAUAUAAUUGGGGAGGAAAUGCACUUGCGAAAGAGAGUUGCUAGAGUAUCUUGCUUCUCUCCUGCUUCACAUGAAAAAUGUGCUAGGAGUCUCAAAAAUAGUAAGAUGUCCCAAGAUGAGGGAUAUGAUUCUGAUUCCGACUUUGAUACUGAAGCCUCUUUAUCUUCUAAUGGGCCUGUUCUGAGCUCUCAAACAUCAGAUAAGAGGAAGUUUGGAAAUCACAGUCAAAACUCUAAUUCUUAUAGAAAGAAAUUAUUUUCCGAGUCUUCUGGUGCCCAAUGGGAUGUCUUUCGUAGGCAAGAUGUUCCAAAGCUUAUAGAGUAUCUCCAAAGGCACUCUAAUGAGUUCAGCCAUAUGUCUGGUUUACACAAGCAUGUAGUUCAUCCAAUUCUUGAUCAGAGUGUCUUUCUUGAUACAACCCACAAAAUGAGGCUUAAGGAGGAGUUUGAAAUUGAACCCUGGACUUUUGAGCAACGCAUUGGUGAAGCUGUCAUCAUUCCUGCUGGAUGUCCAUACCAGAUUAGGAAUCCCAAGUCUUGCGUUCAUGUGGUGUUGGACUUUGUCUCACCUGAAAAUGUUACUGAGUGCAUCCAUUUGAUUGAUGAAGUGCGGCUGCUUCCUGAAGAUCACAAGGCAAAAGUAGACAAGCUAGAGGUGAAGAAAAUGGCCAUUCAUAGUAUAAGUGCUGCAGUGAAAGAAAUCCGUGAGCUUACAUGCACUAUGACCUCCUGACCUCUCAGAAAGUAGCACCCCAAUGAGAAUAGAGUUAUUUCAGACAUCCAGAUCCAGUGUCUAUAUAUUUGAAAAGCUCAAGAGUACUUCAGAAAGUGUGGUAUCGUUUGUGUAUUGACGGGCUGCUCCUACUCUGGUACAUUGAAUCUGUUUAUAGUACAUAUUCAUUUUUCAAGUUCAUUAUUAUGGAUGGUUCCUAUGAAUGAUUGCAGUAAUGGCAUAUAAAAAACUUGAAAUUUUUUUUAUGUA